AGCUAGUCUGCUGGUGCUUGCUGUUGGGGAAGGGAAGGUGAUGGUGUGUUGGACUCCAGGGGCCCUCAUGGCCCAGCCCACCCUCCCCAGAUUGAAAAUCAGGACAGAUUUGUGCUCAGUGGAUUGGGUGGUGUUUUUAGUAUGGAGCAGAACAGAAUUCCUAGGACUGCGUGUGAUGAAGUGCAAGGUCAAAAGGAAAAGACAAAGCAUGUUUCAAAGAUGAGAAAUAUUUGUUUGGAUGUCUAUGACUGUCUGUUUAUACUGUAAGGGGCUUAAUCAGCAGCUCCAUCUUUUAGUUUUAGUUCUAAAGGAAAAGUAGCCUAAAGUCAGUAUAUCUAAAGGGUGGAACGAGGUGGGACAAGGUCCGGAAUUGCUGCUCAGUGAUGUGUGUGUGCCUGCUGCUGGUGGAGCUGAGACUGCUCAUCUCAGAAGGAUGGGGAUGCUUGAUUUCCUGGCCAGGUUGUCCCAGCACAGUGGGGAUUGGCCCUGUUGUAUGACGAAGACAGCACAUGGUGGCAGAGAUAGAUACUAACCCAUGGACUUUCCAAGGGAGGGAAUAGGUCUUUGGAGGGUAUGCAAGACAACGGUAGACACUGGAUAAAGAACCCGGUAGUGCCCAGGUAUUACCCCAUCUGGGCCAUUGCUCCCACACUCAGGAACCAGACGUUGUGGGUGAGGACAUGCUGUCCCUCCUGCCAAGUAAUAACUUCCUUCCCAGCCAGGAUCCUGCCCCAAGUAGGAAUAUAGCUCUGCAUUUACAGCAGCUCCUGCUCAGACCUUGUCAAAACCACCCUGCAGCUUAGGAUUAAGGAGCAUGGUCACAGGAAGGUAGGGUUUCAGGGCAUCCCCUCAGGAACUGCCCAUCUCCCCAGAAUUCCAAAAUGAAGGUCCAUAUGCUUGUAGGUGUGCUGGUCAUGGUGGGCUUCACAGUAGGAAAGGGUAAGUGGGGCCCAGGGGCAGGGAGGGAGGAAGGGGUAACUGAGUCCAGGAAGGGGGUGGAGCGUGGCCAUGGAUAAUCGGGCUUCCUACUGGCCCAGGGUAUUUGAGAGUGACCCAGUGCCUCCAUCCCUCCUUCUGCCUCCCCAGUUCCUGUUCCCGACAUCCGGACGUGCCACUUCUGGCCGUAGAAGACCCUUCUGUAGGAUGCAUUUCAGUCUCAGAGAAGUGUACCAUCAGCAGCUCAUCCCUGUGCAUGGUGAUCACCAUCUAUUAUGAUGUCAAGGUUUGCUUCAUCGUUCGAGGCUGUGGACAGUACAUUUCCUACCGCUGCCAAGAAAAACGCAACACCUACUUUGCAGAGUACUGGUAUCAGGCCCAGUGCUGCCAGUACGAUUAUUGCAACUCCUGGUCAAGCCCCCAACGCCAGAGCUCUCUGCCGGAGCCCCAUGACAGGCCCCUGGCCCUGCCUCUGUCUGACUCCCAGAUUCAGUGGUUCUACCAGGCCCUGAACCUCUCCCUGCCCCUCCCCAAUUUCCAUGCUGGGACGGAGCCUGAUGGCCUGGACCCCAUGGUCACACUGUCCCUGAACCUGGGCUUGUCUUUUGCUGAGCUGUGCCGCAUGUACUUGUUCCUCAAUAGUUCAGGACUUUUGGUUCUUCCCCAGGCUGGACUCUGACACCUCACCCUUCCUGAAUUCCACAGUGCAAAUAUCUUUCUGUAACACCCUCAGCAUCCUGCACUGCCCUCUCUGAAAACACCCACAUUCUUUGGUCACUGUGAUUUCUUAGGCCUCCAUCUGUUGUACCACUAGCAUCUAUAUGACUUUUGUGUAAUUUUCUCUCUUGAACUCUGGUGCUGUUUUUCUUGUUUGUUUGAGACAAAGUCUCGCUCUGUCACCCAGGGUGGAGUGCAGUGGCAUGAUCUCUGCUCACUACAACCUCCACCUCCCAGGUUCCAGCGAUUCUCCUGCCUCAGCCUCCCGAGUAGCUGGGACUACAGGCGUGCACCACCACGCCUGGCUAAUUUUUUGUAUUUUUAGUAGAGACGGGGUUUCACCAUGUUGGUCAGGCUGGUCUCGAACUCCUGACCUCGUAAUCUGCCCUCCUCGGCCUCCCAAAGUGCCGGGAUUACAGGUGUGAGCCACUGUGCCUGGCUGAGCUCUGGUGCUGUUCUUCCCCCUAGAAAAGAAUCUCUAGUGUGGAUUCUGCCCAGACAGGCUGACCUGAGAAAGGCACAGUGGUUCCUCCAUUCCUUCCCCAUCAUCUGAGUGUUCCAGUAUCCCCCAUCCCUCUCAAUCCAGUCACCUGCCUAUUGACAUCUAGCUCUGUUUCCCCUGUCUUGUCCGUGUCUCUAAGACCCAGUACCAGACUGAACUAGCAGCAAGAAGGACGAGGAGGCCGGGCAUGGUGGCUCACGCCGGUAAUCCCAGCACUUUGGGAGGCCGAGGUGGGCGGAUCACUUGAGAUUGGGAGUUUGAGACCAGCCUGGCCAACAUGGUAAAACCCGCUCUCUAUUAAAAAUAGAAAAAUCAGCUGGGUGUGGUGGCACACCUCUGUAAUCCCAGCUACUCAGGAGGCUGAGACAGGAGAAUCACUUGAACCCGGGAGGCAGAGGUUGCAGUGAGCCGAGAUCGCGCCACUGCACUCCAGCCUGGGCGACACAGUGAGACUCCGUCUCCAAAAAAAAGGAUGAGGAAUAGAAUUCUGUGCAGAUGUCCUGACUUGGCAAUCUUGUGUCCCUGCCUCACUGUCUCCACCAACCCCCGCCUGUCCUGGUGGUGUUCUGCCUCCUGUUCUCUCUUGCUCUCUUGUCAGUCUCUGGCUUCCUUGGCCCCAUUUCACUUCACUGAGUCCUGACACCCAUCUCCCUAGGGGCCUGUGAGAGGAGAGGGAAGGGUCUGUUCUGCUCAGCUCCAUGUCCCCCAUUUUCCUCCACAAUAAACUGGGACUGGGCUAAAA